CAGCCCUUCCCUCUCCCCUGGCUCCCUCCGCCGGGACGCGCUGCUCGGGGCCGGGGCUGAGACCGCCGUCCGCUCCGCUGCCGCCCGGCACCAUGACCUCCGAGGACACGCGGCCCCCGCUCUUCCCGUCUCACAUGACAGCAAAAUCGUGUAUGUCAUCCCAAGUGUUUGACCAUGAACAGAGACAGCAAAGAGAAAAUCCUCGUUCCUUAACUAUGUCUGGCCACGUUGGUUUUGAGAGUUUGCCCGAUCAGCUGGUCAACAGAUCCAUCCAGCAAGGCUUCUGUUUCAAUGUUCUCUGUGUGGGGGAGACUGGAAUCGGGAAAUCAACACUGAUUGAUACAUUGUUCAAUACUAAUUUUGAAGACCAGGAAUCCUCCCAUUUUUGUUCACACGUUAGACUUAAAGCUCAGACCUAUGAGCUCCAGGAGAGUAAUGUUCGGCUGAAACUGACCAUCGUGAAUACAGUGGGCUUUGGUGACCAGAUAAACAAAGAGGAGAGCUACCAGCCAAUAGUGGACUACAUCGAUGCGCAGUUCGAGGCCUACCUCCAAGAGGAACUGAAGAUCAAGCGGUCCCUGUUUAACUACCACGAUUCCCGUGUCCACGUGUGCCUGUACUUCAUCUCGCCCACAGGCCACUCUCUGAAGACCCUGGACCUCUUGACCAUGAAGAGCCUCGACAGCAAGGUGAACAUUAUACCAGUGAUCGCCAAAGCAGAUGCCAUUUCUAAAACUGAAUUGCAGAAGUUUAAGAUCAAGCUCAUGAGUGAACUGGUCAGCAACGGCGUCCAGAUUUACCAGUUCCCAACAGAUGACGAAACUGUGGCGAAGAUCAACGCCUCCAUGAAUGGACACUUGCCAUUUGCUGUUGUAGGCAGCAUGGACGAGGUGAAAGUUGGGAAUAAGAUGGUCAAAGCUCGCCAGUACCCUUGGGGUGUCGUGCAAGUGGAAAACGAGAACCACUGUGACUUUGUGAAGCUCCGGGAGAUGCUCAUCUGCACGAACAUGGAGGACCUGCGGGAGCAGACGCACACGCGGCACUACGAGCUGUACCGGCGCUGCAAGCUGGCGGAGAUGGGCUUCAGUGACGUGGGCCCCGGGGACAAGCCGCUCAGUCUUCAGGAGACCUACGAAGCCAAAAGACACGAGUUCUAUGGGGAGCGUCAGAGGAAGGAAGAAGAGAUGAAGCAGAUGUUCGUGCAGCGGGUGAAGGAGAAAGAGGCCAUCCUGAAAGAAGCCGAGAGAGAGCUACAGGCCAAAUUCGAGCACCUCAAACGAGCUCACCAGGAGGAGAGAGUGAAGCUUGAAGAGAAGAGAAGACUUUUGGAAGAAGAAAUUGUCUCUUUCUCUAAAAAGAAAGCUACCUCUGACAUCUACCAGAACCAGACCUUCCUGGCCUCGGGCAGCAACCUGAAGAAGGACAAGGACCGGAAGAACUCCAAUUUUAUGUAAAACAAAAGUUCCAGUUCACAGAAGGUCAUCACAAGCAAACGCUAUUAAAACGUUAGAAGUAUGCUGUGGUUUU